AUGUUAAAAAAAAAAAAACAACUGUACCCAUCCAACCUACCAAGUGCCAGGAUUGUCAUUUGUUUCCACAAUGAAGAAUUUAAUGUCUUGUUUCGGACAGUGUCCAGUGUCAUGACUCUCACUCCACAGCAUAUCCUUGAAGAAAUUAUUUUGGUAGAUGACAUGAGUGAAUUUGAUGAUUUGAAAGAGAAACUAGUCUACCAUGUGGAAAUUCUGGGGGGAAAGAUUAAAUUAAUAAGAAACAAAAAGAGAGAGGGACUGAUUCGAGCAAGGCUGACUGGAGCAUCGCGUGCUUCAGGGGACGUUCUGAUGCUCCUGGAGAGCCACUGCAAGGUGAAUAAAGUAUGGCUGGAGCCCUUGCUGAAUGCCAUUGCCAAGGACCCCCACAUGGAGGUGUGUCCUCUGAUAGAUGCCAUUGAUUAUGUGACCCUGGAAUACCAGCCCUCUCCUGUUGUCAGGGGAGCUUUCAACUGGUAUCUGCAAUUUAAACGGGAUCAUGUUUUCUCUUAUGAGACGGAUGGACCAGAAGGACCCACUAGACCCAUCCAAUCACCUGCAAUGGCUGGAGGAAGUUGUGCUAUAAGUAGGCAUUAUUUUAAUGCAAUCGGAAAGUACCACAAGGGCAUGAAUCUCUGGGGAGGAGAACAUUUGGAACUUUCACUAAGGAUCUGGAUGUGUGGAGGCCAACUCUAACUCCCCUGCUCUCGAGUAGGACAUAUUGAUAAGCAACACGUUGCAAACCACACUGGAAUUGUAAAAGCCUUGGUAUAUAACAAUCUCAGACUGGCGCACAUUUGGCUAGAUGAAUACAAGGUGAAGGGUACGUCCCUGGUUUGGAAAGGUGAGUGA